AUGUUUGCUUGCUGUCGUAUGCCUAACACUUCCCUUAAAGAAAAGAGGUUAACAUCGGCCGAUAUUGAAGAUGGCAAAGUUGAAUUCGACAGAGCCACCGGCGUUAAGAAAACCUACAAAAAAAUCCCAAAGGGUUAUGAGAUUAUUACCGAAAUACCACAACCUAAUGGUACAUUGAAAACCGAGGUACAAACUUUCUACGACCCACAGCCGCUUACUGAUGAGGAACUUGAAGCGGCCAACAAGCCUGAAGGUACCUACAAAAAGGGUAAUGUAACAACGGUGGUGAAAAAGAUCCCUGGUGGAAAGAAAUUGACUAUCACCACAACCAAUAAAGAUGGAACCCAAACUGUUCAAACUCAAACCAUUUACGAUGCGGAAGAGGAGGAAAUCACUGAAACCACCGAAACUGAACAUGUUUCACCAAAGAAAACUACAAAAAUCGUAUCCCAGAAAGUCCCUGGUGGAACAGCUUUUGUGCCAGCCAGUUCCACUAAGCAUGUCUCCCAUCAAGACUCUACAACAACUGAAGAAAUCAACGUUAAAUCCAAAAGGACUGUUGAAGAAACCCGCCGAGUUACUGAAACAACUGAAGUAAGUGGUAAAUCAACAAAAACCACCAAGAAAAAUCAAUCUAUUGAACAACAAAAUGUCCAAGCCAUCGAAGAUAAAUCAAAGAAAGGAAAAACUAAGAAAGUCCCUCUUCCAGCAGAUUUCGUUGAAAAACCCGGUGAGAAGACAACCCUUGAAAAGCGUAAGGUUGCCGGUGGCACAGAAUAUAUUUACACAACCAUAUUGGCUGAUGGACGUACUCAGAUUUCUCGUAAAACUGUAGAGGAAGAACAAGGUGUUGACAUGACUGAAGAUGAAAUUGACGAGUACCAUAGGCAACUAAAGGAAGCCGAAAAAUUCAAGAAUAUCAAGAAAACUAAGAAAAUUCAAACGGAAUCGGGCACUAAAACUGUUGUACCAUCUGAAAAUCCAGGUGAAGUAACUACAAUGGAGACCAUUAAAAUUGAUGGUGGUACCGAGUACCACUAUACUACCGUUCGACCAGAUGGUACAAUUAAGAAAUCUACAAGAACUGUCUACGAUCCAACACCAGUUGAAGGAAGCGAAGAGGAGUAUGAAGAAGUUGAAGAGUAUGAAGAGGAGAUUAUUGAGCCAGGCGAUCCAAUUGUUGAAACAAUUGAGACAAUCAAAACGAUAACACCAGAAGGUGAGUAG